AUGGCCGAGACGAGAAGACACCAGCUUUUCAACGCCAUCUAUGACACCGGAGAAGAACUGUUCCUCGGAACAUGCGACAGUAGAGGAGUCGGCGGCGUAGGCGUUCUCGCCAACACGAUACCGGCUCUGACAAUCUUCGUCGUCUACGCGCCGACACCAAACUAUGACGGAGAAGAAGUCGAAGCGUUCUAUAUCGACUUAGAGAAGUUCUACACAGAAGACGAUACAUUCUUCAAGGUCAUCAUUGGAGAUUUCAACGCCAAGAUUGGACCAGGAAGAACGGCUGAAGAGCGUCACAUGGAGAGUGGAACGAACAGAGUGAGCGGCUAUCUGAGUUUAUCAUGA